CGUGAGCUGUGAGGAUAGUGUCAGGUAGAUAGCCAAUAGUACUCUGAGUUGAAAAUAGAGAGAGAUAGAUAUUGGCACGGGGCAGAUAGGGUUAGAUGUGAGUUUAAUUAAGCACACUAUUUCCACCCACACCACAAGCUCCUUAUCGUGUUUGCAUUGCAGAGAGAGAGAGAAUGGCGACCACACCCGGUUUGUGUGGCAGUGUGUUGUUGAGCACCUCGUUCCUGAGGAAGCAGGCAAUGGCAUCAGUGAACAUGAGAAUGCUGAAGGCUAAUGCUGGUGUUUUUGGCUUAAAGGGAGGGCGUGGAGGGCGUGUGAGUGCGAUGGCAAGUUACAAUGUGAAGCUGAUAACCCCAGAAGGAGAACAAGAAUUUGAAUGCCCAGAUGAUGUUUUCAUUCUUGAAAAGGCUGAGGAAUUUGGCAUUGACCUUCCCUACUCAUGCAAGGCUGGUGCUUGCUCUUCCUGUGCCGGCAAAGUUGUUUCUGGCAAAGUCGACCAAUCUGAUGGUAGUUACCUUGAUGAUACCCAAAUCGGUAACGGAUUUGUUCUCACCUGUGUUGCUUAUCCCACCUCAGAUGUUGUUAUUCAGACCCACCAGGAGGAUGAGCUAUUCUAGUUCUAUAUCUCAUGUCUCUUUCUAUCUUGCAUUUUCAUUUAUAUGCUUGUUUAUCAUAUCACCAACUUCAACUGUAGUACCUACGUACCAUGUCAUCUUCAUUCUUGAAUAACAAUAUCCUUAAUUUAUUUCCUC